AUGGAGCGGACGCCGUGCGAGCUUCACUGUAAGCCGGACCACCAGUACUACAGCGAGAAGUUGCUCUCCGUCGUCACGGACGGCACGCCUUGUCGUCCCGGUACCAGGGACAUGUGCAUCAACGGCCUCUGCAAGCGCGUGUCGUGCGACUGGUCUAUCGACGGCACGGCACAGGAAGAUCGCUGUGGGUUAUGUCACGGUGAUGGCACCCAGUGUGUCACCCAUCGGGGUGAGUGGCGUCCCACUGGUGGGUCGGGGUACCAGCCCGCCACCCAGCUGCCUGUGGGCGCCCGUAAUGUACGGGUGAGCGAGGAGGGCGACACCCACAACUACCUUGCUCUCUACCAUGACGCUGCACAUCGCUACCUGCUCAACGGCAAUCUGACGAUUCAGUGGUCGGGAGAGUACAGCCUGCCGGGGGGUGGCCUGCUUCACUACAAGAGGGAAGUUGACAUCGAGGAACUGUUCCUGCCUGGACCCCUCACGGCUACCCUCACUCUCAUGGUGUUGUUGCUGUCCCCCGAGGCAGAGGUGCGGUGGGAGUACACUCUCCCCCACGUCAACGCGUCCUACACCCCCAGCUUCGAGUGGCAGAUGGGGGAGUGGUCGGUGUGUUCCCGCAGCUGCGGAGGAGGGGACCAGGCCGCACGGGCUCAGUGCAUGGAGCAGGAGGCGGGCCUCGUCGAAGACAAGUACUGCCUGGACUCCCCUAAGCCCCCCACCAACAUGCGGGUGUGCAACACCCACGACUGUCCCGCGUGGUGGUGGACGGGCCCGUGGCAGCCCUGCAGCGUCACCUGCGGUCCUGGGGGCACCACACGACGCACCGUCAUCUGCGUCAGGUCUUUGGGCGCUACGGAACAAAUGGCGCUGCUGGACAGCGACUGCCCUGACGCCGACAAGCCUCACGACACAGAACCUUGUACUGCACCCGAAUCCUGCCCCACUGAUCUGUCUUGGAGCGUGGGACCUUGGCUUCAAACGUGUGGAGGUGACCCAUGCGCCACCGAACGUCGCCUGGUAGAGUGUCUACUGCCUGACGAAGGCUGUGACGUGCUGACGCGUCCUCCUCACCAGCGACGCUGUGGUAACAUCACCUGCGGCACCUGGACAGUCGGACCCUGGACACAGUGCUCAAGUGCAUGCGGCGAAGGCGUUGAGGUCCGACAGGUGUCAUGCGAGGGCGGUCUGGCCUGCGAGUUAACAUCCGAGCCUCGCUCAGCGAGGGAGUGCGAAGGACCUUGUGAUGCUGAGAUCCAGCCUCCAACCGCACUGGAUAUUCUCAAUAUGAAUAUACCUCCCCAAUUUAACGAAAUUGCAUCCAGUUCAAUGACGACACAACAUCCUACGCCUAAACCCAUUAAAUUAGGUCACCACAAUAAAUCUUCUACGAUCAAUGAAACUUUGAAUACUGCCACAUCGUACGAUGGCAAGAAAACUGAUUUUAUGAAUGAGGGAUACCACAGAAGAGAAGAAAAUAAUACUAGGAAUUCCGAAAGCCUUGAAAUUGAUGAGAAUAAUAGGUCAGAUACAACCGGGAAUAUGAGCUCAGAAAUAGAAAUAAACGCCGAAGUAUUGCCGGCGGCAAGCAGGCACGACAAAGCCACUGCAGUCGUAACGAACACGAACAACAGCGAAGCCGACCUCGAUGCUAACACCAACGAUCCUUCUUCUGGUAUUGAACACAAUAUCGUUGAAGGAAGUGAAGGUUCACAAGGGAACACGUACGUUGGAGAUACUGAGGACGAUCGUAUUACACUAAAAGUCAAUAUCAACGAGGGAAAUGAGUCUAUCGCAACAGGAGCUGGGAAGCACAUGGAUGAUAGCAUUAAUCCCGACGACAAUGUGAGCCGCAUUCUAGGUAAUGGAUCUCACAAUGCAGUUCCUCAUGAACAUUCUCUCGUGUCACCUAAUACGGCAAGAAACAGUCCUGCAACCAAAACCGAUAAAAACCAAAGCGAAAUUUCGUCCCCUGAACUCGUCCUGCACACGACCAUUUCAGCAGAUGAACCAGUUUCUACAUCUACAGAACCACUGCCGACUCAGAAAAUUGAUUCUGGUAUCGUCCUAGAGUAUGACUUUAUGGUCCCAAGCCUCAACAGCGAAAGCCACGAUGAAAUUGACUCAGACUUCAAUGGUUCAAUUACUCCACUCUACGCAACGCAGAAUACAACAAACAGCGUCACUGUUACCUCGGAAACUCGGGGAGACAUAGCACUGCCGGUGAAGAGUUCGUCGACGAGCUUAAGUCGAAUACCAACUAUUGGCACAAACUCUAGCGUACUGCACACAUCCAGUUCUUUCAAGCCGUCAAAGUCAAGCAGUGAUGCCGAUGCCGUCUCGCAUCCCACCAAAAAUCCCUCACAUCGCGGCAACCCUGAGACUUCUCCUGAGGUGAACGCUUUGGAAUAUGAAAACGAUGAUAUUGUUUAUGAGUAUGACCCACUGGAUGAUACACACAAAAUUCACAACGACGUGUUCGAAUAUGAUUCCGACACUCACUCCCAGGAUGGUACAAGCCUCGGAGUGUCUCGACCUCAGGGCAUCGCGGAAGAUAAAAUAAACGUCGAUGAUUUUGAAAUCGUUGAGGUGAUCAGAGCCCCAGCCAACGAGAAAAAACGUCAUAAAAACGACAAGCACCACAAGCGGCGAAGAAAGAAAUACCGUCAGAAGUUGGUAGUGCACGAGGGCGAGGAAGCCAUAGCCUUGUUCAAUGAUAUUGUGCACGAACAUGGUAACUUGCGGCACCCAGAUGGCCACGGUGACUUGAAUCAAAUAUUGUCAGUUCCACUACACAGCUGGAGCGUCGGCAACUGGGGCAACUGCUCUGCACACUGCGACGGUGGGGUGCAGAAGCGCAUCGUUCAGUGCCAAGAACAGAGCACCGGAGGGGUCGUAGGGAGCGUCCUCUGUGCCAGUCUUCCAGCCCCUCAGCGGGAGCGGCCCUGCAACCUGUUACCGUGUCUGGACUGGACGGUGUCGCCGUGGUCAGCGUGCAGCGCCGAGUGUGGACAUGGACACCGCCACCGCUCGGUCACGUGCGCCAGCCCCAACAUGUGCAAGGAGGAGCUACGCGCGCCCUCCAUGGAGCCAUGCACCUUGCGACCUUGUGUGGUGUGGAGCGAAGGACCCUGGAGCAUGUGUACCAAAACCUGUGGGGUGGGGUACCAGAUACGAGCGGUGCGAUGUGUGGAGCAAGAGUCUCAUGUCCACAGCGCCUUGUGCCCCACUGACCUCAAACCACCGCACAAGAGGAGCUGCAAUGAGCAGCCUUGUGCUCAAAACAGGCAGGGUCAGGUGCGUCAGUGCCGUGACCGCCUGGACACGCAGCUGUGUCGGCGGCUGGUGCACAUGUGUACGACCAAGUUCUUCCGUGCCAAGUGCUGCCGAACCUGCUGGAAGAAAGGGGGUCGUGGUGAGCCAUAGAUAGCGGUGCCCGGAGAUACAGAAAGAAUAUAACUCAGUACUCACUGCAGUGAGAGACAGAGAGCGCAUUUUAUC